AUGAUUAUAUUUCAUAGGAAACCAUUACAAACACAGCCAUCAAUACUUGGAAAAAAAAUCUUAGCAAGGGCAAAACUGGAAACGCGAAGAGUUUCUUGCGAAAAGACGAAACGAACCGUAGUGCAACGUUGCCCUAGAAACCUCUUAAACCAUAAAACCAAAGGCGGUGAUCAAAUAAUCAAACAAGAUCCGACGGUCCACUUUUCUCAAGCAACCCUUUAUAUUCAUCUUCAUAGCAAAUACGCUGCUACGUUCGCUCUCGCGCCUCUUCUCCAGGAGUUUCUAGGGUUUCUGAGCAUCUCUUUCAUAUCGAUCAAAAUGGUUCUUCAAAACGACAUCGACUUGCUUAAUCCACCAGCUGAGUUGGAGAAGAGGAAGCACAAGCUUAAGCGCCUUGUUCAGUCUCCCAACUCGUUCUUCAUGGAUGUCAAGUGCCAGGGUUGCUUUAACAUAACAACCGUGUUUAGUCAUUCACAGACAGUUGUGGUGUGUGGGAACUGCCAGACGGUUUUGUGCCAACCAACAGGUGGGCGUGCGAGGCUUACAGAGGGUUGCUCAUUCAGAAAAAAGGGUGACUAAGGCUGAGAUUCUUUACCCAUUGUGUUGAUUGUUAAUUCCGUUAUCUGGUAGAGUUCCGAAUUGUGGGAUAUCAUCAUCAUCAUCAUCGUAGUUAUCAUGGUCAUGGCUUCAACCAAGGAAUUGGCAGCACCUUUUUUUUCCUUUUUGGUUUUGAAUUUGGUUUAAAUUUUAAUUUUGAUGUGUAAUUUUGUUUAGACAUGUUUUGGAGCCGUCUACAUCAAUAUACUAGGAUUGCUAAAAUUAUAUUUGUUGUGUUUGGCCUCA